AUGCAAACAGCACUGACACUAAGUGUAAGGUGUAAGGUGCCAAAAUAUAACAACUCUCCAGUCACUACAGGUACCUUGAAGAAGAAGGAAAUCUCAGAAGCAGCCGCUGAAAUGUCCACAGAGAAGAAGCAGAUCCAAGUUUCAAACACUCCUCCUUCAUUGCGACCAUCUCCAGUAGUAGCAUCAUCAAGUUCCAGUACCAUACGAGCAGAAAACAGUGCCAUCAUACCCUCGCUAGUAGUCCCAAGUGACAUGAAGAUCAUGGAUGCUUCCGUGGCUGCACCUCGUACUGAAACAACAACGAGUUCAGUUCAAUCAUUGACACCCACUCCAUCAUCUCCACUUGCUUCUUUAUCUACUCAACAAGAACUCCAUGUCAAGAAGAAUCCAAACGAGCAGCAGAAGGAGCAUCUUGUGACGACACCUCAAAACAAAAUUCAAAUUGUUGAAGAACAUCAAGUUUCUCAACAACAGCAACAACUGCAACAAUCAACGACACGAACCACGACAGAACAUCCACAAACAAGGAGUGAAAUUGAAUCAACAAAAUCUGUCAAUUCUACCAAGGUUACUAAGGAACAAGAACCACAACACUCACUCAAAUCCUCCUCAAUGGAACCACCCAUUUCAUCCAAAAAUAGUAAUAACCAACACAAGGACACACCACCAUCUCCAAACAACCAAGAACAAACAAGUGAAAAAUCUGCAACAACACUCUCAGUCAAGCCAAUUAAGGAAGAAGAACAUGGCAAUGAUGAAAAAGAAGAGAAUGAACAAGAUCUCAACCAAGAAGAAGAAGACGAAUCAGUCGAUCAUGACUCUGAAUUGAACUCCUCUUCGAAUGAUGAUGAUAAUGAUGAACAAGACACUACGGAACAUCCAAAAGAUGAUGAUAACGAUGACGACGAAGAAGAAGAAGUAGAUCAACCAGAAGAGGUUACAGAACCACACACAACACUAGAUUCUAAAACCUUUAUUCAUCAACAAGAUGACCUUCAAUCAUUGAAAAAAGCAUUACAACAGGUUCUUCAGAAGAAUGAGCCUUCAUUAUCAAGUAGAAAGAAGAACAAGACGAAACAACAAGAUCAACACGAGACACAAUCAUCUCCUCAGCAACAACUGCAACAACCACAACAACAACAAGUGGAAAACAAGGUUUCUGAACAAUUUGUUACUUCUUCGAAUCAUGAAGAAUCUCUCACACCACAACAUGCUCAUCAUCAUUUACGUAAAACUCUCUCAGCAGCAACAAAUUCAGAAUCAACAAUGACCACCAUCACACCUACUACUACUACUACCACACCAACUACUAGUGAAACUUCAACCAAAAACAAUCCUCUCCAAUUCAAUACAUCAACAUCAACAACAUCAACUACUACUACUACUACGAAAAAUUCAACGACCAAUACUGAAAAUAUGAUGGAACAAACUCAACCCCCUCCAAGAAUCACUCGAGGUCCAACCUCUCUCUAUCCCACUCCAGACCUUGGUCAUCCACCUCAUUCCAUCAUUCCCAUCAAGACUCCACGUCAAUCUUUUCACAUGAAACCUGAAAAUUUUCAAUGUACAUGGAAAGACACACAUCAAGUCUUUCUCUCUCAAUAUCAUGCCAUUUGGGGAAGUGGUAUUCCAUUGAGACUCUUUUACAGACUUUGGAAUGCUUUUAUUGAAUAUUCAAUUUUCAAGACUGAUAAAUUGUACUUUUUGGGAGUUUUGAUUCGAGAUUUGAGAAAACCUCAUGAGAGAAGUAUCAUGCCAUGUUCAGAUCGAAUUACAAGAAUUGAUAAUGUUGGACAAAAUGGAGAAAAGAAUGGAGAAGUGAGAUAUUGGGAAAUUUCAGCUGAUUUUUGUGAAUAUUAUCAAGAAAAGGAAAGAAGUGAGGGAAUUUCACACAAGAGACAAUAUGUAUUUGUUCCUUCUUGA